AUGUAUAGAUAUGGUGUUGAAUGUCUAUUUCGAUUUUAUACAUAUGGUAUAGAAAAACAUUUUCGUCAACAUGUAUUUGAAGAUUUUCAACAUGAAACUCUUUAUCAAUUAUAUGGUUUAGAAAAAUUCUGGGCAUUUUUAAAAUAUUCUCGACAGAAACCAAAAAUCAAUCCAAAACUUGAAGAAAUUUUAAAAAAUUAUAAAAAUCUUGAAGAUUUUCGUGUUGAUGGUGCAUCAUUUCCACAACAAUUUUUUUCAACAAAAUCAAAUUAUAACUGUUCCAGCAUCCGAAGCAAUUCAAAUUCAUUAAAACCCAAUGAAGAAUUUAGUGUUUUAGGAAGAAUUGAUAUUGGUUUAGGUAUUGGUGGUGGUGUGAUUAAUUCUAUACUUUAUAAUGUUGAUGAUGGUCAUCGAGAUGUUAUUUUUGAUCGUUUUCAAGAUGUUAAACUAGAUGUUUAG